CUCGACACGCUCUCAAUCGACGGUCAGCUCCCGUUCUGCUCUCUGACGGCCGGCGGCCACUCGACAGCGCAUCUGCCCUUCGAGUCGCUAUCGAUCGCGUCGAUGAUGACGUCAUCAGAGGUGAGUUCAGUUGCUCCGCCGCGCGCCUGCGCUCUAACACCCGAUCCCAUGAACGCCAACUUCUGUCCAUUUCUCUUCGAUUGGCGCCUUUUCUGCGAACGAGGACAGCCGCGUUACGUUCACGCGCAUCCCGACGGCCUUCGCGUCGAUGACUGCGAAACGGCUUUCCUCUCGAAAGUCUCGGACGACGAAAAGGCGUCACUGACGACAGCCAUCAGCGACGACGACGACGCCGACCGCGAGUCGCCUCUCCGCGCGCGCUCCGGCACUUCCGGUGAGUUUCCU